AGACAUUUCUGAUUGAACACCUACAUUCUUAAACAUGCCUCCGAUUCAGAAUAUAGAGGAAGGCCCCGAUACCAUAAGGAUACUCAUCACCACCGACAAUCAUGUGGGUUAUAACGAGAAUGAUCUUAUUAGAGGAGAUGAUGGAUGGAAAACAUUUCAAGAGAUCACAUAUCUUGCAAAAACGAAGGAUGUAGACAUGAUAUUACAGAGUGGUGACCUUUUUCAUGUGAAUAAGCCUUCGAAGAAAUCGAUAUAUCAUGUUAUGCGGUCAUUGCGGUUGAAUUGCUUGGGAGAUCGCCCUUGUGAGUUGGAACUACUCAGUGAUCCAAGCAACUUGUUAGAUGGUGGAUUCAAUACUGUGAAUUAUGAAGACCCCAAUAUUAACGUGUCAGUUCCUGUGUUUGCUAUAAGUGGUAAUCAUGAUGAUGCUACAGGGGAAGGUUUGCUACUGCCUCUCGACUUACUCUCGGUUUCUGGGUUUAUCAAUUACUUUGGUAAAAUUCCAGACAAUGAAAAGAUAACUGUUAUGCCGAUUCUUUUACAGAAGGGUAAGUCAAAGUUAGCUCUAUAUGGAAUGAACAACGUCAAAGAUGAAAGAUUACACAGAAAUUUCAGAGAUGGCGAAGUUACGUUCUUAAGACCUAACGUUCAAACAGACCAAUGGUUUAAUCUUCUAGCACUUCAUCAAAACCAUUACCAGCAUUCUGCCACAUCUUUCUUACCUGAAUCUUAUCUUCCGUCUUUUCUUAACUUUGUUUUGUGGGGGCAUGAACAUGAAUGCAUUCCAAAUCCAGUUUACAAUCCUGAUACUGGAUUUGAUACUCUUCAACCUGGUUCCUCCAUUGCAACUGCUCUAAGCGAGGGAGAGACUGCUGAAAAACAUGUUUUUAUCUUGAGUAUAAAAGAGAAAGAGUAUUCUUUGGAGCCCAUCAAGCUCCAGACGGUUCGUCCUUUUGUGAUGAAAGAAGUCUCUUUAAUGAGAGAGGGGUUCGUUCCUGGUCCUGCUUCCAAAAAUGACAUCUCUAAAUUUUUGGUAUCAGAGGUUGAAAAAUUAAUCGAAGAAGCAAACCAGCAAUAUCGAGACUCUAACCCUGAGUUAUUUGAGGACUUGGAAGAUGAUAUACAACCUGAGUAUCCGUUACCUUUAGUCAGACUACGUGUUGAGUAUUCUGGUGAUUACGAAGUUGAAAAUGCUAGACGUUUUUCUAAUAAGUUUGUGGGAAAGAUAGCCAAUGUUAAUGAUGUCUUACACUGUUAUAAAAAAAAAGGAAAUAAAUACAAUCAAGUAAGUCUGAUUGUUCUGAAUGAUAAAAAAUUAGGAAUAGAUGAGAGAGAUUUGGCUGCAUCUGUUAUAUCAAAAGCUAAUAUCAAAGAUUUUUUGAAAGAUUUCCUCGAAGAAUCCAACAUGUCAAUCAUACCGGAAGAGGGAAUAAUUGAUAUGACUAAAAAAUGUAUUGACCAAGACGACAAACAAUUAAUAUCUGAUUAUAUUGAAAAUUCCAUAGAGUCAUCGAUCAAGCUGCUUUCAAAAGUUGAUAUCAAUUUUGACGACUUGGAGGGAGAUGGUGACUCGAGAUUAGCUUUCAAAAAUGUUCUUAAUACAUUCAAACGGGAGCACGAUUUCAAAAAACUGAUCGAUAAGGAGGCAUCGAAAAGACUGAUGCCUUACAAUUCCAAAAAAAGUGAUGAAUUAAUGGAAAUUGAUAAUGAAGAGAGUGGUGAUACACAAGCAGGAAAGAAAACACAAACGAAAGCAAGAUUGAGUACUCGAUCAACGGCAUCAAAAAGAAAAGCUGCCCCUAAGUCUUCCAUGGCAGUUGAUGAUCAUGAUGAUGAUAGUGACCACGAUGCGUAUCAGGAGGACGAUUCUCAAGUAGAAGUGAAUGAAAUAGAUAGUGAACAGGAUGAGGAAUAUGAGGUUCCAAAGAAGAAACAAAGUACUCGCAAACCAACUACAAAGGGAACAAGCAGGAAUCUGACGUCAAAGACCGCAAAUGGUAGAAAUUCCAAAAAGACUACAGAGUCCACUUGUAAACGGAAUGUGAAGAAGCCUCAGGGGUCUAUAAUUGAUGAUAUAAUGAAACUAGGCAGGUAAAUAGAAGGUAGUCUUUUAAUUAUAAGUUAUAUACAUAGAAUAGAUAAAGCCAGACCAAUAUCUUAAAGCUUAAUCAAGAGAAGCUGCUUCAUUGAUAAGCUUAUCCAUAUCGAAGUUUGGAUUAC